CCUCGCAACCAAGAGCAUAAUUGAUUUGCUACCAAUAUUUGACUUGCCAAAUGUUAGGACUGCCUACUAUUGGCAAUACCGAGAUUUACUAACUGUUAGCAACUUUAUGUGAAAGAGGCAAAACAAUUCGUAGCCAACCAAAUAGUUGCCAAUAUUUGACACAAUGCCAAACAUUGGCAUGCCAAUUUUUGGCAGCAAACCAAUUAUGCUCCAAGUCUGCCAGGUGCCGAGUCCCUGCCAGCUGAGAGCUAGCAGCAGCAAGCGAACCAACGCACCCCCGGUCGCUCGCCGGAGCCAAGAAAGGCAACGCAACAUGUGCAACGUCAUCACGAUCCCGUCGGUAGCGUGGCUGCGCCGCGCCGUGCGCCGGUGGCGGGCCCGCCGCUCCACCUCCGCUACGGUUCCGUCGGGGCACGCCGCGGUCUGCGCGGAGGGCGCGCGGUUCAUGGUGCGGCUGGCGCACCUGAGCCACCCGGCUUUCCUGGAGCUGCUCCGGCAGGCGGAGGAGGAGUACGGCUUCCCGUCCGGCGCCUCCGGCCCCGUCGCGCUCCCCUGCGACGAGCACCGCCUCCGCGACGUCCUCCGCCGCGUCUCUUCGUCGUCCCACUCCGAGGAGCCCCGCCGCUCCACCUUCUGCCGCCGCCGCCGCGGCGACUCGCGGCCGCUGCUGCAGGAGAUCGCCUUCCCGUGAGCGCGCGCGCCGCGGCAUCGAAGGAUCUGGCGACAGAGCACACCCAGUUUCUGCCGCGCGCAACGGCAGCAGCUGGUGACAGACACGGUCCCCCGGAGGAGUACGCACAGCAAGCGCCGAAACGCUGAUCCGAAAGGCCGGCGUGCUCCUCUGCGCUGCGUAAUGCCGGCAAUCGGACACGCACAUACUUGAGCU